AUUACGUGCAAGUGUCGAAUGAUAAGCGAAGAAAAUGGAGACCUUAUUGAGACUGUGGUUUAUAAUAAGUAAUAACUGAAACAACUUAUGAGUAAUGACUUAAUAAAUAUUAUUAAAGUGUUUCAGUCUUUGACGGUAUAACUGUGUACGUUGCAAAUAUUUUGAUCCUAGUUGUUUGUCGAUAAUAUCCACAAUUAUAAAACAAUCGACAAUAAAACGACUUGUCAUUAAUAGGUGAUAACCCAGACCAUUCGCCUUUCUAAUUYGGCAGAUAUUUAAAUACUAGUGUCUAGUGUAACAUUAAUUAUAAUAAUGUGAUAGGAAAAUCUACUUUCUCUUUACGACCGAAGCAUAUUAAAUGACGGCAGUGUUCUUCAACAAUACUUUGAGGCCUGUACUCCUUUGUUUCGCUAAAUAUUCUACAAAACGCACAAGGAAAAUGCCGAUUCUAUUAACCAAGGAACAGAGAGAAGAGUUACUCCAACCAUUAUUCUCCAAUCAAUGGUCAUUAGUGAAAGACAGAGAUGCUAUAUACAAGGAAUUUUUAUUCUCUAACUUUAUUGAAGCUUUUGGGUUCAUGACUCAAGUAGCAUUGAAAAGUGAAAAAAUGGAUCAUCACCCUGAAUGGUUUAAUGUGUACAACAAAGUGCAAGUUACAUUAUCCACACAUGAUGUGGGUGGUUUGUCUUCAAAUGAUGUUAAUCUUGCGACAUUUUUGGAUAAAACAGAAAAGAAAAUUAAAUCAUCUUCAUAAUUUGUUAUGUAAUUUAUAUGUAAUAAAUAUAAAUUAUGUGUAAAAAAA